CAAUUUUCCAAUAUUGUCCGGCAUGGAUCUUACUAAAUUAGGUCAGGCGGUACUUGCCGACAGAAUCAGAAGCUUCGAGACUGACUCGUUUAGAUUCUCCGACGACUAUAAAGGAGAAGCAGAGGGUUUUAGGAUUUUCACGAAUCUCUUCUCUCUUUAGUAGUGUGGCCUUGAAAGAAAGAAUUAAUCUCCGGUUGUGGUUUUCGUGUUUGAAAGCAUAUAUGUCGGCUUUGAAUCGGAUUUCAAGGGAACUCAGGGACCUUCAGAGGGAUCCUCCUGCAAACUGUAGCGCAGGUCCUGUGGCUGAAAAGGACAUGUACCAUUGGCAAGCGACUAUCAUGGGACCCCAUGACAGUCCGUUUUCCGGAGGCGUAUUUUUGGUCAACAUUCAUUUCCCUUCGGAUUACCCUUUCAAGCCACCAAAGGUGUCUUUUAAGACUAAGGUGUACCAUCCAAACAUCAAUAGCAAUGGAAGUAUUUGCCUUGAUAUUUUGAAAGAGCAAUGGAGCCCUGCUCUUACUAUAUCCAAGGUUUUGUUGUCGAUUUGCUCGCUGCUGACUGACCCGAACCCAAAUGAUCCUCUUGUGGCGGAGAUAGCUCAACUGUACAAGGAAAAUAAAUCCAAGUACGAGUCAGUGGCGCAAAGCUGGACACAGAAGUACGCAAUGGGAUGAUAUGAAAAAGCUGGUGUAGACAAGGAAAAGAUGUCUUACUUGGCAAUUGAAGAAAAUUUUUUUUUUUUGGUUAGUUUUAGCAAUGGCUAUGAUGUGAUAAUCGAAAGAUUUUUAGCUGCUCUUUUUUACUUGUUUUCAGUGCUCUGAUCAUAUUUUAGCUGCUCUUUUUUACUUGUUUUCAGUGCUCUGAUCAUAUUCUUAUUUUUGGGGUUUCAUUUUAAAUUUCCAAUCCUCACUUUGGUUGUGCAGGAACCUGCUAUUGCAACAAGCUCGUAAUUUAUUAAUUUCAAAAUGUUAUAAAAAAUUCUUUAGAAUCGUUUGAAA